GAGAUGUGAGCUGCGUUGUUUUGGGAUUACAUCACAGCAUCGUCAGAGGGAGUCUGAGCGAGCAAGAAGAGCAGCAUCAGUCCGAGGAGCUGCCUCACAGCUGUCAGUCCUCAGCCACACUACAAGAACUGCGUUAUCAAAAGGAAGGAGACACCAGAAACCAGCUGACUGGUUGGAUCCAGACCGAGACGACCCACUGCCGGACGACACACAGGCAUCAUGACGCAGGGCAAGCUGUCACUUGCAAACAAGGCCUCUAAUGGCUCCUCCAGUGGACAGGCCUUGGCGCCACCAGCUCCUCCCACCUAUGAGGAAGCCACUGCGGGUGUCAGUGCUCCGUGUUACAAUGACGUUGAGAUGCUCACAGAGUUCACCUGGGAUGAUCGCAACAUCAGGAGGGUUUUCAUCCGUAAGGUUUAUGCCAUCUUGAUGAUCCAGCUUUUGGUCACUCUUGCUAUUGUGGCUCUUUUCACAUUCUGUGACCCUGUGAAGGACUACAUUCAAAGCAACCCUGGGUGGUACUGGGCCUCUUAUGUUGUAUUCUUCGUCACUUAUCUGACCCUGUCCUGCUGCUCUGCACCAAGGAGACAGUUUCCAUGGAAUCUGAUUCUGCUUGCUGUCUUUACGCUCUCCCUCUCCUACAUGACAGGGAUGUUGUCCAGCUUCUAUAACACAAAGUCAGUGGUGAUGUGUCUGGGCAUCACAGCGGCAGUCUGUCUCCUGGUCACAGUCUUCAGCUUCCAAACUAAGUUUGAUGUGACUUCAUGCCAAGGUGUGCUCUUUGUCUUCUGCAUGGUGAUGUUCAUCUCUGGACUGGUGCUGGCUAUCGUCCUCCCUUUUCAAUACGUACCUUGGUUGGAUGCCACAUAUGCUGCUUUGGGAGCUAUACUGUUUACCAUGUUUUUGGCAUUUGACACCCAGCUCCUUAUGGGAAACAAGCGGUACACUAUGAGUCCAGAAGAAUACGUCUUUGCCACUCUCAACAUCUACUUGGAUAUCAUCUAUAUCUUCUCCUUCUUUCUUCAAAUCUUUGGAACAGAACGAGACUAAACCCCCCAUUCAGACCGGCAGAUGAGGGCUGACUUUAUGCAGACAUGAAAACAAUCUUUUAAAACGUUGGUGAUUGCGUGACAGUGUUUCCAAUUAUAGCAGCUUUUUUUUUUUGCCUGAUACUGAAUGAGGUGUUGAAUACUGAAUCUCAUGUACUGCUAUACAUGCACAUCGACAUGUAUCAAUAUUCACACCCAACAUGUCUGUAAUCCUUCCCUCCUCUCCAGCAUGUUCGUAAACCCGUGACCCAAACUGUGGGUGAGAUUACUAGCUUUACCAGCCAGAAACACUCCUUGACCUGUGAUCUUUUGUCAUUUAAUGUAGAUAAAACAUACUGUGAAUGUCCAUGUGAAGCUGUAUGGAUGUCUCAUAUCCAUGCUUGCAUCAGUAUCACAAAUCUCAUGCAAACAAUAGAUGUUAAGACUCUUUAGGAGGUAUUUGAUCUACAGUACAUCCUGCAUGAUUCUUAAAAAAAAGUCCUGGUUAUGUCCUUCCAUCUUUGGAUUGUUGCUGUGGCUGUUCAUUUAGUGACUGAAAGCACAAGUAUAACUUUAAAGUAGCUUAAAAGAAUUACAUAUUUUCCUGUGUUUUCAGUCAUGUCCAUUGUUGUCUUAAUACUGUGAAUUACACAAAACUCAUUCAACAUGUUUAACCGUUUGGAGGCAGGUGACAUGUUUUUCUGGGUAUUGAAUGACAAUCUAAAGAUGUUAUCUAUUUAAUUUGGAAUCUCUGCCUUCAUUUAUUAACUUAUUAAAUACUGUACAGUCAGUAUGAUGAUUUAUGAUCACUUGAACUACGAAGCUUUCAAAUAUUGUAUUCACAUUAUUGCAGUGUUUAUUGUGAGUAUGUAAUUUGUCAGCCAUAUAAACCUGUAAUCUUUGUGAUUGUUUAGACUGAUUUUUUUUUUUCAUGACGGUAUUUAGUUUGAGCAUUCAUCGAUUGUUGGCAUUAUAAUUUUUGGUCCUAUUAAUGUUUAAACUUGGUUUGAACUGGUUACAAAUGUUGGAUAUAAACAUAACAGUGCCAUAACUGCAUGGACUUUCUGUAACUUUUGAUAAGGCCUGCAUUUGUGGAGGGACUUGAAUGCUGUAUUUCAUGACAUCCGAAGUUUAUUUUUUAUGAUAGAAUGAUAUAUUUCAGAAAGUGUGUGAUAUAAAGUAGAGAAUAUGAUGUUUGAAAUGAUUUUUUUAAAAUUCUGAAGUGGCCUUGGAUUACCAUUGUUUGGUUAUACUAAUGCGGUAUAUCAUUUUAAGAUCACCCUGUGUUCCAUUGUAGAAUUGGUGUUGCUGUAUUAAAGGGUGAAUGUGAA